AAUAUGCCGUUAACUUUAUGCUCAGAUAAAAAUCGUCUUAAAACCGCAAUUUUCCCCUUUGAAGUUUAUAUGCUGACAAUGACCAAGAGUUAAAGUUGCAGUUGAAUUGGGCAUAUCAAAAGUCAAAAAUGCAGUCAGACAAUGCAGAGAAAUCCUGUGGAGCAACAGAAAACGGAGUUCCUUCUUUGAAUGAGCGAAACAUGACAAUUGUACGAAAGAUCGCUAACGAUUGGCAAAAGCUUACACCCAAAAGGCAGACAAGAAAGCGUUACAUGAAGUACGAAGAAAUGUUAAUGCAAGAGAUCCCUGGAGCAAGUAAGAAGACGAAUCAAGCAAUGCACGCUGUUUUAGAGAGUGACUUAGAAGAUACAGAAGAUGAAAAAGGAAGAGGAAUGGGCGCAACAGUCAAAGUCAGGAACCAUGCUUUAAUUCAUUAUAUCGCUCAACUUGCAAGUUCAAAUAACGAUAACGACACGUUUGAUUUCUCAUUUGUUGAGUCUCUAUUAAAAAAUGGUGCAGAUAUAAAUGCCCGCGAUAAACAUGGUCAGACAAUAUUUCAUGAAGUAGCUCGAAGCUGGCAUCUAGAUGUUGCACAAUUUUGUUAAAAAAUGGUGCUCGUAUCGAUCAGCAAGAUAAAUUUGGUCGUGCUCCUCUUCAUGUGGCAGCUGCUGUAGACUAUGCUAAGAUGGUCGAGUUUCUCAUCAAUAAUGGAGCCGACGUUAACAUAAAAACAAAUGGAGAAGGACAGUCUCCAAUACAUUUUGCCGCCAAAAAUGAUGCGUGUCUUUCUCUUAAAAUGUUGAUGGCUUAUGAUGCUGACAUGGGAGCAAGAGACUAUCAAGAUAGAACACCACUACAGGUGGCGGCAGAAAUGAGCCGAUCCAAAGCAGCAAAGCUUCUUAUAGAUAUGGGAGCACCAGCAGGAGUUUAUGAUAUGAAAGGCGAAGUUGCAUUGUCACUCCUCAUCCUAAAGAUGCCUGAUGUUGCUUUGAUUGCCUUGGACCAGUUUCAUUCAGAAGAUAUGAUCAAUAGAAAAGAAUAUUACUUUUUGAACUAUCUCGAGGGACAAAGACUGUCUGAGGAAGCAAACAGUGGUGCCCGUACACCUCUGGAAGUUGCGAUUCAAAGGCAACAAUUUGACAUAGUUAUGCAUCCUGUCAUGCAACGCUUGGUUUAUAUGAAAUGGAAAAAAUUUGGAAAGCGAGGAGCGUGGCUUGAUCUUGCAACAAAUCUACUGUUUUCCAUCCUUUGGACGAUUCUUGGUGUAACUCUACCAAACAAUGCCAAUGAAUUAUACGAACCAAUCAGCAAACGAUGGUGGCGAUUAUUGUUAGCUAUUCUUGUAAUGCUUCUGACAUUUUUGGAAAUAUUUAAACAGAUGGCUUCUAUUUAUCGUGUUAAAAAAGACCUCUCCUCCUGGAAAAGUUAUCGCGAAAAAGAACUUGAGCGAGAUCUUCCAUUUUGCCAUCCAAGGUGGCCUGAUGAAAAAAAAUAUCUUGACGGCGAGAUAAAAGCUGUACGAGAGGAAAGGUUACUAAGCUCCCAAGAUGGCUGGUUCUAUAUAGAUUGGUUUGCCCUUGUUCUAAUCAUGGCGUCUGCAAUAACUCAUGCAACAUUUUUCUUUUUAAACACAUCACAAGUGUAUGAUAUUCAUAUUCGGUCCAUCUGUCUAUUGCUUAUUGUGAUAUGGUUUCGAAUAAUGAAAUACGCGCGACCUUUCAAAGGGCCUGGACCUUUCGUCGCUCUUUUUAGCCAUAUGUUGGUGGACAUCCUAAAGUGGGUGUUUUUAUUCUUAGUUUUUUUCAUUCCAUACUCGGCUUGUUUCUGGAUGAUAUUUGGAGCUUAUAGUAAGAAUCCAGUUGAUGAUUAUGACACACUUCCUGAACUUUUAUAUUCAGUGUUUGGUAUGACAGUGUUGGACAACUACGAGUUUAAAGAACUUGAGAAAAGAGACGCCGUCAUGGCAAGAGUUUUAUGUGGCACAUAUAUCUCAAUAUGCUCCAUUAUUAUCCUUAAUUUGUUAAUUGCUUUGCUUGCCGACACGUUUACGAGAGUUUACGAGAAUGCAAUCGAAAAUGCAGCGAUGCAACGAGCAAAGACAAUCUUGAAUCUAGAACAAUCGUUGAGAAAAUCGCAUCAGAAGCGUUACUAUGAUUUUAUAAGAGAACAUUGCAGUCCUGAAGUUAAAGACUACGAUGCACAAGAUGACGCAGGUAAUGAACGCCACAAAAAGAGACAUAUGGAAGAAAUGCGGUUACAAGUUAAUGACAUUUACCAGUUGAUCAACGAAAGAUUUGGUAAAAGAUUUGGCGAAUCGCAAAAAUCUGAUUUGGACGAAUUAAUUGAUAAAAUGACAAAUGUAACAAAGGAAACAGCAAAGAUCAGAACCUCUGUACAACUGACCAUGUUAAGGCUGAAGGCCUUAGAACAAGGAGUAAAAACUCUUCAAGAUACCGCACCUGUAGCGAAUGGCACCAUCACCAAACUUAUAGCUGACGUACGCAGACCUUCUCACAUGAGUUUGCCUGCAUUUGUACCUGAAAAGAAAUCAAAAAGCGGUAAAACAUCAAAGAAACGAUUUAUGUCCGAGCCAGAUAUUCAAAAGAAACGUGAGCGCAGUUUUACUGAUGAGAAAUAUGCAACAUUAGUACAGCAAAAAAGACCAUCAUCACGUGGGUCUGGGAGAUCAGUGGACAUCAACAACCGCAGACAACGAGAUUCGGCCAUACAUCAAUCACGUGAUAACAUGGACGAGGAUGUUAUAGUUAGGGAACGGAAAGAAAUGAUGAGGAAAAGGGAAGACCAAGCACGUGAUCACCAACUAAUGACGUCAGAACAUCGUGAUGAAUAUGACACAGUUAGUGGAACUGACGAUGCUAUUGAGCGUGCGCAGCCAACCACUUCGCAUAUGGUACAUGUCACGUCCUCAGAAGAUGAGAAUGCAAUAAACGAAAAGAGUUCGCUCAUGGAAAUGGACGACAAAAAAACACAAGAAAAAAAAGGAAAGUUGAGCAAACAAUCUUCUACAAGUACGAUGCCAAAACCUUUAGCUGAUGUGUAUAAAAAAGCUAAACAACAAGGAAGAUUUUCGAGCGAUAGUUCACAUCUUGAGGAAGAAAUGAUAUCACGUGGGUUGACGUCAUCGAUGCCUGCGCCAAUGUCAACUCCUGGAGAUCUAUCUGAUACUUCAUAUAUCACAACAGAUAAUUGAAACCAACGCAGUAAUUUAUUGAAAAAAUACAUUUAGGUAAAAGACAUUUUUAUGUUGGAAUUAAAACAUCUCAUGUAAAAAACUAAGAAAAACAUAAAGCGACAAUUGUAUACAUAUAUAUAUAUAUUGUAAUGUGAAGGAUCAUUUAAACGGUAAGUGAUUAGAAAUUCAUUAAGUCUUGACGUUUUUGAGACGUUGGUAUGGUAAACACAGUCAAUUCCUCAUCACUCGCAAACGUAAGAAAAGCAGCAGAGAUUAUUUAAGCAAUGCUUUUGAAAGUUGUUUUUUUCAUGAACUGUUGUGAAAACAACACAAAAGUUAUGAAAAAGCUAUGUUUCGGGUUACUAACAUUAAAAUAAAUUCUUAAAUGCCGCAAAGUAAUGUCAGCGAUAGUAGAAAUCUGAUGUUAAAACAGUCUUCUUACAUACUCAAGUAAAGUGUCUUCAUGAAGAGUGAUUUCAUUUUAAAUAUUUUUUGUACAUACUAUAGUAUUUAACAGAAUUCAACACUUUUUCUCCAGUGAACUGCACCAAUCACAGAUAAACAAUAACCAAGACAAUGUAUCAUUUAUGAAAUAAACAUAUAUUAUUAACAAUAA